AUGCUGGCCAGUGGCAGCACUGCUCCAAUGCACAGCGCUACAUUUCUGAAUCAUGCUAGUCGUGACGACAAAGCAGUGGCUCAUGAACGCCGCCUGGCGCUGGCCCUCGACAUUGAUCAAGCAUCUCGGAUCCUGCUACAAAACCCUGGUGUUGAAGGAAAGGAUGCCAAUGCCAGACCCGAACAUUGUCCCUUUGUAUGGAGGAACAGCGCGUGGACCCGAGAGCCGACAUCUUGGUAUAUGGCGUACCAAGAUGGAGGCCUACUCCAAAGCGAAAAAGCGGUUCCUACCGUCCCCUUCCGGGUUCUCGACGCUCCAAAUCUCAAAGAUGACUAUUACUGCUCCAUACUCGCGUACAGUCAGACCUGUCACUCCUUGGCUGUCGCCCUAGGUCAAAAAGUCUAUCUCUGGACAGAACAGUAUGGCGUGCGCUAUCCACCACUCCCCGCUGGCCGAACAGCCAAUUUUGUGACCUCCUUAGCUUUCUCAUCUAAGAAAGGGGGCAAGGCGAUCUUAGCCGUAGCCAGGAACAGCGGGACUGUUACAUUAUGGAGCUUACUGGAGAUCAGACCACGUUUCGAUGCUCCUCACCCCUGUGCAGCAUCCUGCGUGGCAUUCAAGCCUGUUCAAACGCAGCGACCGUCUGUCGCAGGAAAUGACACUGUCAUGUGCGAAGAUCUACUUGUCGGCGACGACUCUGGCAAGAUAUACUACUACUCUUUGGAGUGGCCAGAAUUUGCUCCCGGAUCCAUGACGCUGCUGGCCAAAAUCGACGCCCAUAGCCAGAACAUCUGCGGGCUCGCAUGGUCGCCAGAUGGCAUGCAGUUUGUAUCCGGUGGUAACGAUAAUCGGGCUCAGCUUUUCGAUCCGUCGAUUUUCCUCCAUGCGGAUUACCAGAGGCAUGUCUCGACGACUGUGCUAGAUCACGCGGCAGACAUGUUUGAUGAUCCUGGCUUUAGGACUCCUCCUCAGCUUCCCACGCCCCCAGCUUCGCCGCAGAGAUAUCGAUCUGCAAGCCACCGAGAUUCCUCGAGCUUCAACCGAGGGCCGGCCAACAGUGUGCGUAAUUUUGGUCUAGAAACACCACCUCCAACUCCUCUACGUCGGGGCAGAGUAGCCGAUCGUUCUCUCACCAUCGGCCCUCUUAGCUCACCUGGCAUUCCCCGUACAGCUCCUCUACCAAAUGCGUCCGUCCUUCGCAAUGCGCUCGUGGAUCCCGGCAUCCCUGGGCAAGCCAAUAUCCACGUCCAUUCCUUUUUUCACGCCGCAGCUGUCAAGGCUAUCGCAUUCGCUCCGUGGCAGCCGAAUCUGCUUGCAACUGGAGGCGGAAGCAACGAUCGCCAGAUUCAUUUCUUUCACACGGGCUCAGGAGCGACUCUGGCCCUGAUCAAUGUCUUCUCGCAAGUCACCAGCCUGGUGUAG